AUUUUCUUCUUCCACUUCUGCUGCAACCUUCCUAUCUAUUGAUUUUUUUAUAUUAGCAAACCGAAAUGCAGUAACCAUAAUUUUUAUAUUUUAAAGCGUGAUAUAGAAGACGUAAAAGUUUAAAAAUGACAAACCCUUGUCUAAGAGCCGUUCCUAGAGACUCGGAAUGGAUUAAAAAACAUGAGGAGUAUAUAAAAAAAAUUCAAAACAAAGACUGCGAUGUGGUUUUCAUCGGCGAUUCAAUCAUAAAAUAUUUGGAAACCAGCUGCAUGUGGUUUGACUUUAAAAAUGCGUGUAACUGCGUGAACUUGGGCAUAGGAGGAGACAGGAUUGAGAAUGUAUUGUGGAGGAUACAAAAUGGCGAAUUAUCCUUCGAAAAACAAGUGAAGGCCGUGGUUUUAUUGGUGGGAACAAACAAUGUUGAUUGUACUGUUGAAGAUAUCUACGAAGGAAUUCUAGAGUUAAUAAAAGAAGUUAAAAAGAACGCAGAAAAUUCUAUAAUCGUAUUACCGAGCUUGUUGCCAAAAGGCCAAUACCCAAAUCCAUACCGUGAAAAAAAUAUCCUGGUGAACAACUUAUUGAGGGAAAAAUUCUCAGAGGACGUUGAACAAAACGAAGAAACUCACAAUGUAUUUUUCGUUGAUGUUGGGGAUAGUAUUAUAGAAAAAGAUGGUACCAUUAGCGACAUUCACUUAUGGGACUAUCUACAUUUAACUGAUGUGGGUUAUUUAAAAACCUUUAUACAUAUUUUGAAAAAGCUUAAAAAGUUAGGGAUUGCAAAAUAAAUUAUUCUUUAUUUUUCGGAAAAAACCGUGGCUCGAUUUGUUGUGUUGUUGGGUGUAUUUCGAGAGGAAAUCCUGGGUUGAGUUUUUACCGGUUUUCCAAUAAACAGUGUUAAUCUGAAUGAAGAAAUAAAUUGCAUACAGUCUCUGUAAAUAUAAAUUGUACCUAUUAGAUGCAAUAAAUACACAUUUUAGUAGUGAUUAACGUGAAAAGUGUUAACAUUUCAAUUCAGUAAAAAUCGUCAAACAAAUAAGUCGUCUAAAUUUAAACAGCAUUUAGCAUUAUUAAAAGAUUCACUCAACGGUAAAAUACCAUUAUAAUAUGUAUUA